AUGCAGAUUGGUAUGUCCUGUGAGUCGUUAUCGUGAUAAGACGCAUCCCGAUAUCUUCCAUCGCUAACAAUGAUCUGUACCCCCCUAUCACCACUCUUCCCCGCGGCGCUCGCUCCCGCAUUCGACGUGACGUCCUGUUCCGCUCCCACCUGAACCACCUGAACGCAAUGCACGUGUCACACCGCGACGGGCUCGUUCGGACAAUGAUGAUGGCCAUGAUUGUAUAUCGCUGUAGCUGUGACGGGCCAAACCUUGACGACUAGGGACCUGGUGGAGAAAGUACCUCUUAUCAAGUCGCCUUCGUUCUGGGUACCCAAACCCGUGGGUCCGACGUCAUAUCUUCAUCCCGCUUCCCAUCGAGCAUUCGAGGGGACCAUGCUGAGCCUCGGAGCGCUGACCCGAUUGACGCUUGACCAAACGUAAUAGGUUGAACUCCCUCCAGACAUCCAUCCUCUACCCGACUCGGUCGAGCCCUACGUGCGUGAGCGAGCGAUCCGGGCCACGAGCACAGAUCAUCCCACUGACUCGGAACCACAUGUCCUUCCAUCUUCCACGACUGUACCUCACCAACAGUUCGUGUACCCUUUCACUAUCGAGAACCACGCCCUCUCUGUCCUUCCCGCUGCUCUCGAGGCACUACGAUCGUCUCAUGGCCAGCGAUUGGAACGGUUGCGCUCCUACUCUGAAGCCAAGGAGAAGGCCAGGAAAGCCCACCUCAACGCCGUUGCACCCGGAUGGACGGGAGACGGUGGGAUGAUCCUACCAUCGAAGAAGGAGACAUUUCCGUCACAAACGAUGACUUCGGCAGCAACUGGUGGCACGACCUCUUCGUUGUCGACCGAGUUUGUAGGAUUGUCGGUCAACGAAGAUACUGGCACUUUAGCGGCACCAUCACCGAGCGAUCCGAUGAGAGACUUUGUGGAAGGGCUCGACUCCUUGGAAAGCAAGAGAUUGACCACAGCUACGUCAGCGGCGCCGUAG